UUUUUCCUAUCCUAAACCUUGACUCGGAGUGAUCGUUAACUUUAAUUUUUUAAUUUAGUUUAUUACAUUAACAUUUAAUUAAUGUCUAGUGUGAAAAUUUGCCCAAUGGACAAUUUGGGCCAGAUCUGGGUUCUCAUUUAAGGAAAAAUAAUAAAAUUGAAAACUUUAGUUAAUUAUUACACCUAUUAAUACUUAAAUAAUGUGUUCUAUGAAUAAAUAAAAUGUAUGUACCCACGUGAAAAGGUUUCCUGAAUUUUUGCUGAUAGACAGUUGAAAAUUUGCGGAAUGACUGCGGAGUUACUUCCGGAAUUUUUUUAAAUAGUUAAAGUUGAGUUUUUAUCAUUUACGUCAAAUUAAAUCAAUUAUUUUUGGGAAAUUGAAUAUUUCUGGUUAGUUUACUUUAAUUCAACUCCAAAAAUUUACUUAUUGUUUAUUGGAUAUCCAGAUCAAUUCGUAUUAACUCAUGUAAGAAAGUUUACUUAACAAGUCACUAAGUAAUUACCAGCAUAUUCAGGCUUGUUGAGAUCAUCUUGUUCAAGGAAGAUGAUCUUUUUUUAAAGGUUAAUGACCAAAAAAUAAGUAGGUGUCUAAAGGAUAUUUAGAUAAAUAUUUUAAUCAACAUUCUCAAGGAAUUUAACCUCAAACAGACGUUUUUGGAUAUAAUGGAGUCCAAUUCAUAUUAAUACUCUUGUCAGUCUCUCCGAGAAUCAAAGACGAGAUUUGACAGGAGUUUCCACUCACCUGUUUGACAAGUGAAUUGCGAAUCAACUCGUCUGAUGAAAAUGAAUGUCAAAAUUAUUAUCGUGAUUUUACUAAGUCUAAGGUGGACUUGGCGAAUCAAUGGUAAAGGAGCUGAUGAGAGAAGAAAGAGACAAUCUCUGUAUUCACCACCUCUUGUAUAUCCUAACGGAGGUAUUUUCAAGCUUCUAGCAGGAGUUGCGGUGCCAAUUGCGUUGCCAGGCAGAACUUUAGUCUUUGGUCAAAAUUUUCAAUUUCAAUAUGCAGCACCACCAAACGCAUCAUUUUUCACCGACUUCUUUUCAAGAACUUUACAUCGUCGGCGUCGUCGAGAGAAUGGAAUAUCGUUAGACCGUCAAAUCGUUUACGAGUUUUUCGAAAGUGAAUUCGAAAGAAGAGGUUUGAGUGGACGAGACUGUUUGAAGAGAAGCAUAUGUGAAGCAACUGAAAUUCCAUUAAAGGAAGAGGGCUUAGUUGGCGAACUUCUAGAAGUACUAUUGGCGCCGAUUCAUAAAGCGUUUCCUGAUAACGAUUAUUCCGAGGCUAUGAAAGCGGGAAAACAAGGGGUUGACUGUCUACAGCUUUACUCAUCUUGUCCUCAUGGAUAUGGAAUAUUGGAUCAUAUAUCGAGAGUCAACAAUUUCGAUCACGGUUUAUGAUUACAAUAUCGUACUUGAGUUUCAUCAUUUACAUUAAUUAUUUUAAUAUUUCCUUAAAUUUAAAUUUAAAAAAAAAAAUUUUAUUGCUGAGUUUAAAAAUACAAAAUUAAAAAGUAAACAUUCAUCGCAGUAAUUAACAAGCAGAAAUGUUAAUUUUUGUCAAUCAGGUUUAGCAAUUUUUCAGUUACUUUUUGAAAAAAUGUUGCUGUUAGACCAUCUAUUGGUUUGCAUGCAUUAAAAUUCGCUGGUAAAGCAGGUAAUUCCCAUGAUGAAUAAGAUGCAUUUCUAUUAUCUGAUGUCCUAAAUGAUUUAACGUCGGAAAGGAAACCUGAAGAAUUGUCCAUUUCGCAGUUGUCAGUAUAAGAUAUUUGCAAAGCAUUAUCAAUGAGGGAGUUGAAAAGCAAACUUUUAUAAUAAUUUGCAAACGCGACGCAAUUUGGUUUAGUGUUUCGAAAACAAUACUGUUUGAUCUGACAAUAAAAAUUCUCUAAAGGAUCUUGAUUAAAAAAGCGUACACGGAAGUUUUCAAAACCAUACUCAGCCAUCAUUGUUCGUGAAAUUUUAAAACCUUUCAAAGUAUGUAUCCAAUUGGUUAAUAAUGGGGGUCUUUCAUGAUCAUUUUUACGAACUUUGAUGUAUUUUAUGCUUUGAAAAACGCGAAUUGCUAUAUUCCAAAGUUUCUAAUGAGGACAAUCGGCUUUUGUGUAGAAAUAAGUCAUUUGUAAAUAGAUUAAGUUUCCUUUAGUUUGACACUUCUGCCACUUCUUCUUCUUCCUUUAGUUUACUCAUUUUAAAGCCACAUUUUAUUUUCGCACGAUUGUAACUAGCUUGCACUAAAAAAGACUUAAAUGUGUUACUAAAUACUUCGGCGCAAAAUGGUACUUUUAUUUUUUUAAUUUUGUCUAUUAUUACGUGGUUAUCCGAAAAGUUUUCUCAACACCCUAAAAUUACCGUAACUUGUAUUUACAUUAUACCCAACAACCUAUAUCUUGCCACGAAGUUUCUUACUCUUUAUUCUCAUAACAAAAUUUAAAAUUUUUUGUUAAUAAAUUAUUUCUUAUACAUUUUAGAAAAUAUGUCAGAUCGAAUAUAUGGACGACUUCAUUGUUAUCUACAAUAAUGGUAACGUCGAUGUGAAUUAUUCCGUCUCCAAGUUGUGAAGCUUCUGUGUCAACUAUUAAUGUUUUAAUCGCGGAUUCAUUGCAUUUCUCCUCAUCGCAAAUAGAUGCUACAAUUUUAAUUCCAGCUGAACUGACGUGACGGAGAAAUCUCCUUGUAUGUCCGAAUUGUAUCCACUACUUUCAUACAAGUUUUGCAAAAAGAAAACGUGAUUGCGCGCUUCCACGGUUUCUUAGCCAUACCUUUCAAUUCGUUAAGGGGUGAAGGUUCCUAAAGUGGCCCCCUGAUUUUCACACAUGUGAUUAAAUUUGAAUUCAAUGUUAUAUUUCUAUGCUAGUCUAUUAGAUAUA